CGAUCCCACAGAAUUUUGCAGGGUUUGUUCCCACCAAACAAUGAUGCAUAGGUACUUCUCCACACUGAAACAAUGAAGGUAUUUAUAUGGGUGUCGCUGGCCUUCGUUCUACUAGCACAACAGUCCAUGCUCACUCACUCUGCAAAGACACACACGGUUUUGAACUGCGAAGAGUGCUUGAGGGUGGCCAAGGUCCUCGAGGUGGAGUUGGCAAAGUUGGAACCUGAUCAUCAAGGGGACGAUGAACUCGUUGGUAAUGUGAGGCCUAGGAGGCGCAUGCUGCACCCUCGCAGCGAGGUUCAAAUAUUCGCGGCUCUGGACGGAUUGUGUGAAGUGGCGACCAAGAAGCUCGGGGAGUAUUACACAGCACCAUGCCAAAGGAUCAUUGGGCAGCACAGGGACGCUCUGGAGAAUGGGAUCUUUGCAGACGGCCUGGAACAUGUCAGGCACCUGCUCUGCAUGGAUCUUGUGCAUGCAUGUGGGGCGCACUCCCUGUACGACUCCGGGGAGUUGUGACCUUUUCUCUACAAAUGUGGAAACUUUGCAGAUACAUUCUCCAAUGGAAUAACGCAAUAAAAGAGCCAGCUAGGUCUUGAGCUUCUUGGCAGCAGGCCGUGUAUAUUUUAUGGACUAUCGUCCUGUAGUCAAGUUUGUCACUUGUGGUUUGAACUGAAACCACGUCAAACGAAAUUAAAUUCAGAUUUUGAGUUAGCUGAGAUUUCUAUGCUUGGCCGACGCUCACGUCCUUGCACUGCUGAGUCACCAGUCAAGCUUGCGUCUGGGGUUAUUUGCCAAUGCCGGCAAAUUGGCCGCAGAUUGCGAUAGUGCGCUUUCGAUUCUGGCCUUGAUGUCCAGCUCUUGCUGUGCUUCAGCUUGCUGAUCUUGAAGCUUCUCAGACACCUCUUUGGCGCGUCGCCGCUGUUUGUCAGCAAUCUGGGCCUGCAUGCACAGGUGCAAACGUAAGUGUAAUAUAGUCAGAGCUGAUGUUACUACCCUGGGACCUUCACAAGGACUGGAGAAUUUGCUUUUGUCAGGCACCUCUUGACCCUGUGGUGCUGGAAUGCGGGCUUUAAAAGGGUCUAAUGUCAGCCGUAUAACAAUCUUGGGCAGC